UGCACCGUGGUAUUAAGAGCACGCCAUUAACCAGCACAGAGUCCCCUCGCCUCUCAUACCGCUCGCAUGCAAGCUGUCCGCAGGCGUGCUGUCCGCAUUCGGACGCGCCGGCUGCCGCGUCCCGGAGCCGUCGUCACCGUCAAGCCCAAGUUGACGUUCGCUGCGACCGCACUCUUGUUGGGUCUGGCGUUUGGCGAGUUUUCAUUGUUGAUUCUGAACUAUCGACAAUCAACACAGAAAAGGGCUGACCAAGCAGAACUUCGUAGAAUCAAGGAGGAAUGCAUGUCGUCUUUGGGCCUCACUGGCGAUGAUGUAGGCCGUCCUGGUGGUAAACUGAGUCAAGAUAGCACUCUCGCCCCGAAAUUAUAUCUCUGUGUCUUACGCGGCAGUGGAGUUUUUGACGAUUCUGGCAAAUUUUCAAUGGUAAAUUUGAAGAAACGUUUGAGCCUCAACGACUACGGAGGAAAGUCACAGAAAGAAAUACAGUUAUUCAUUGAUGCCGUGAGAGAUGAGUGCGGUGCUAGAGUGGAGUCAUCUGAGGAGCCCCCUGAAAAUAGAGCCGUCAUUCUCGUCAAGUGCAUUUCGGAACACGAGCAGAGAGAGAUGGAACGCCAACGGACAACGCGGCGAUGAAAUGAAAGUUGUAUAUCGCAGGCGUGUCGAAAUAAAGAAAUGGUAUUUCUAA